AGAAAAAGCAUUAUUCAACAUUCCUUUUAAGCAAUAUUAUUUCUACCAACUGAAAAACCUUCCAGGAUAAAUGAACUUACUUUUACGGCUUAUGUAAUUGUUGAAUUAUAGGAUUUAAAAAAUUAUAACUAUUAUAAUAAUAUUGACAAAAGUGGUGUAUUCUUUCCACUGUUAAAAUGCUUGACACUAUUCUAAUAUAAAAAUUCCAGUUGUCUAGGUAUGAAAACCAAGGCAAUUAUAGUUUCAUUACAAGACUGUUAGUGUAAUCGCUCUUGUAAGAAAUUUCACAGUUUUCGGCUCACAAGCAAUGAGCUUUUUAGAUUAAGAAGCAGUCAUUAGACGGACUGGUUUAUGGUACGUAAAUCAAAUUGAAACAUUUUAAGCUAGGGUGUGUGUUUUGUUCACACCAAGUAAAUUUACGCCCAUUCUAGCAUUCUAUCCUAGUAUAAUGGGUAAUGUUUUGUAUUUUUUUUGCCCUUAAGCUAACCCCUCCCUAGUGUUAUUGGCCAGUGUCAUGAACUAGACUAGCCCAGUUGAUCAUAGAUCGAGACCUUUGACGUAAUUUCAAGAGCAUGAUGUCUUGGGAUGAGUUCAUUAUUACUAGUGUUUGUGUCAAGUUUGUGUAUUUUUAAAAAUGCAUCGCUGUCCCAUAAUUGUCAAGUAUUUUCUUAAAAUGCUUUGUUUUGAAGACAAAUAUCACCACUAAGAGAAACAUGUAGCUCAUAGUUUUUAAAGCUAGUUAUGUGUUAGUUAAAUGUUAAUGUGUAAGUGUAAGUUAAGUUUAAAGUAAAAAAAAUGUUAUAGAAUUUGUAGCGUAAGAAACAAGUCUGGUUAAAGAAAUCCAUGGAUAUGUCUAUGUAUGAUCAUGUUGAACUGCUAUGAAAAUGCCAGCCCCAGUGGAGGGAGCAAGUAAUAUAAGGUAUUUUUAGCUGGCUUGCCACUGUAGUCUGGUUGGUUGGGGAAUUUUACCCUAGAAAGUGGGCAGAAUAACAAUUUAAAAGAUAAAUUUUGGGAAAUGCGAAAAUACCGCGAAAGAAUGGGGGAAAAAAUGCCUUUUUAGAUUUUUAGAGAGAAAUCAGAGGAACACAUCACUAAUCACAUCAUUUUUUUUUUCAAACAAACUUGAGGGUUUUUUAGCUUAGCCAAAUUAGAACUGGUAAUACCAUUAAAUAAGUUGUGCCAUGAAAAAGAUUCUGCCCUGCACGUUUUUUGUAAACCACGGAAUUUUUUUAAACCAAUUUCGUAGAAAAAAAAUUCACUUCCAGCCAGGCUGCACAGAAAUAGUAGUGACAAGCUCUUAGUGUUAUUAAAUUAAACUCUUUGUAGAGGCUACCAAGAAAGUAAUGUCUUGUAGUUAAGGGAAUAUAUGGUUUUUUAUUCACCGCCCAAGGAUGCGUUAAAAUCCUGUUAUUUCUAGCAGUUUAUAACAACUGUUGUGUGUCAAACACACAUAAGAUCAUUGAAGUUUUAUGUUCUUCAUUUUAAGACUGAAAAACAAAUCGCAAAACGGUUAUUGGUUUAUUUUAUACUCGUACUGAUUUCCUCCUAUACUUUUUUAUCUUCGUUCAGUCUUAACUAUGUUAUACGUCUUACCAUUGAUGUAGCAAGGUGGGAUUUAUCAGUGGCACCCGAUUUUUGCUUAAUAUUUAGCCAAAAGAUUUAAAAAAAUAGCACUGUCUGAAAACGGUUUUCAAUUUAAAAAACACAAUAGGUGUUUUUUAUUACCCGGCCAAUCACAACACGAGCUGACAAUCCAACGAACCAAUCAGAUUUCGAGACGAAAAGAUAUCGAGUGCGAAGGACGGGAAAAUGCACGUGUGCAAGUCAUGACUGGUUUUAGUGUAAACUGUGAUUGGUUGAAAAUUGACUUUAGAUUUUUCAGCCAAUCACAAAGCAGUGCUAAGGAGCAAUCACGAAAGUACUUCAGACGUGUAAAUGGAAAACAAUGUUUCUAAGACACUAAAAUGAUAUUUAGAAAAACAAAUCAGAAAGACGUCCCUAAGUUUUAAUGUAAAGAAUGUGUGCCCCUGGUUUAUCUACCAUAGUCAAAAUUUAAGCAUUUGCUAGAGUACUCAUCGUAGCUUUCCCCCCGAAAAAUUGGGUUAUAACCGUGCAAAAUGCUGCCAAAAUGGGUUUAGUUGAUUAGUAACGAUUUCGUCCAAAUUUAUAGGACAAAAUAUUCGUGUCAUGUCACUAUGGUAGUUGAAGCUUAAGGACGGUGUAUACAGAGAGUCAGACAGGAAAUCAACGAGGUUUUUAUUUUAUCCGAUUUUAUGAAAGGUAUAUGGUUACGUAUGUUGUUUGAUAGAGCUUACUUGUUCCAGAUAACCAAUGCUAGGGGUGAUAUUUAAGAUUACAGGGUUUUACUUCUAUUUAUCUUUAUUUAAAUACUCGUAGUCCAAGAAUGUAGAUGGGCAUAAGAGUGGGAAGCAUGUUCCGAUUUUAUGGAAAAAGAAAAAAAAAGACCAAGGAGCAGUAUCAAAUGUAAGGCAAGGUAUUAAUUAAUUCAAGUCUAAGAGUUUUUAAAAGGUCGGCGCAACCUUGUUUCCAGUGCCUCUUGGUCCAGUCUUCGAACGGGAAGUAGUGGAGACUGGGAACUAAGUGCAUCUCUGUGGUUUAAUGGCGGUGGAGCCAAGGUUGGCAGCCGUGGUAUUGGUGCUUAGCGAACUGUUUAUGUGCCCUGUAAAGAUGUGUUACGAGCCAGGCAAUAAUUAUUCUGCUAGCAUUUAUACAGUGGCGGAUCCAGGGGAGCGCCUCCCCCCCCCUCUCUGACUACUUCACUGGCCCCCAUCCCCCCCUCUCUCUGCCCUCAUCCCCAUCCACCGCCCUCCCCUUCAUUCCUUCUCCCUUCCUACCCCGUACUGUCUUCCGCGCUACCACUUACUCACCCAGCGUCCUGCUACACCCUCCCUCGUACACAUUGGGCGUCAGCGACCGGUUUUUUGGCCCUGGAAGGAUGUGUUCCGGGCAGGGGAAUAGUACUUGUGCUACCAUUUAAAACGUGGCGGCCCCCGGGGCGCCCCCCCCCCCCUAUCUUUAGACGAAACUGCCUGCUGCCCCCCCCCCUUUUCUAAGGGUCUGGAUGACCGGAAACUCCCCCCCUCUCCUUAUCUGAAAGUCUGGAUCCGGCACUGUUAUAUUCCAGGUAAAGACAACUCUCUCUUUGACAGUACUGGCACCAAGUAUCCGUCUGCGGAGGUUUUCUUCUAGAGAUACAGAACUGAAGCAAUGACGACGGCAACGGCAGCGAGAACCUCAGAAAAACAAUACUGAUAGGUUUAAAUUAGCAGCUAAACGACUUUGCACGUGCAUCACAACUUUAUUGUAUAUUUCUUUGCCGUCGUGGGACGACUGCGACGUGAAACCUCCUUAUUUCACGUUUUAUGGAGGACAUGAAAACGAGAUAACGAUUUUCUUUUCCUUUUUCUGAUCUUGGUCACGAUCCUUUGGAAAAAUCCCCCCGCCCCCCACAACAUUUGACAAAUCGAGCGAGGUAGAAUAGCAGCAAGUUUCAAGUGAAGUUUUCGUUGUCGUCGCGGUUGUAGUUGCUUGAGCUUUCCAGUUAAGUAAAAAGUACGACAGAGACCAAUCUAAAGUUUUUUUGUAACAGGUCCAUCCUCACUGAUGGAGCUGUUGACGUUUAUGCAUUUAAUAACUGAGAUGCCUUGUGACUGCGAAGUAGGGCAGAGUUGGCAAUCAUCAAAAACGGCACGCAGCACGUGCUAAAAGUGCAUGUUCACGUUCAUUGCACGUCCCAACCUGAGCGAUUUUGUGAGUGCGACGUGAAAGACCAGUCACUAGGAACUCAGAAUGCGGAUCAAAAUUUGACUUGAAUAUUUUGUUGUUGUUGUUGUUUUGUUUACUGCAUACAGUGAUUUUCUUUUUUCACCUCGCAUUCUUUUUGCUGAAUCUGCCCUUUCAGAAUAGUAAAUUAAUUAUGAUAAAAAAAACUGAAACAAAGGGGAAAGUAGAACAGGAAACUCAAGAGGAUUUUAUGUUUCCUGUAAAGAUCAUGAUGUGGUUGCUUUAACUUAGCCUGCGAAUACAGUGUCCCUCUGAGAGUCAGGGAGGGAGGAGUAGAUGGCUAGGCUGUAUUCGCAGGCCAGCUUUUAACCCUUCAAGUCCCAAUAGAGACCAGCAUCAAUUUUCUCCUAAUGAUAUACACAGAUUGUCAAGAGUUUAGGUUAUGAGAGGUAAUAAAUUUGAUCACCAAAAACAAAAUGCUUUGAUCUUUUAUCAAAUUCUCUCAACUCAUUCUUGAAGGAAAUGUAUAGAGAUCAGUUUGGAGAAUUUGUAUGUGGAUAUUGGGACUUAAAGGGUUAACUUUGAUAAUAUGGUAGUGACGACUGUCAUCGAGGUAGCUCAUUAGAAGAAAGCCAUUGUAUCAAUGUGAUGACAGAAUACGUUAUUAAUUAUUACAUUGACUAGACCAUAAAUGUGUCAGGGUUAAACUACUGUCCAAGAUUGACUUGAACGUAUGUAUCUUAUGUCUUUGACCAGUUACCUGGAGUAGUUGCCCAAGUCCCCAAAUUUAAAAGUUGGAGGAGUAAGGAGGGCACACCCUUAAAGACCCAGAAUCCAGAUACAAUUUCAAAAAACUGGCCCCAGUAAUUCAAAAGGUGGAUAACGCCAUCCAUUGGAUAAAUCGCUACCCAGUGAAUAGCGCAAUUGGUUUCCCUAAUACGUAUCCGCUGGACAGUGAUUUCUCUCUUAGACAGUGCUAUCCAACGUUGGAACAACCGGGGCCUGAUCUUCAUAUCUUCCCUGAAAGAAUUAGUUGAGAGAAUUUGAUAAAAGAUCAAAACCUUUUCCCGUUAGCGAUCAGUUUAUUAAUUCUCAUGACCUUUUUAUUUGAUUAUUUAUUGAUAUAGUAAGGAGAAAAUUGUAUCUGGUCACUCUUGCGACUUGGAGGGUGAAAAUUUCCUUAUUUCCUUCCCCUUCACACACUAGACUACGAGCAGUCUCUCUUCAAGCAAAACACGCGAGACACGCAGAUGACCACGGGCGUGACUGAAGGCUCCCCUCACUAAAGCUGAAGAAAAAGAGAGACUGUUUGCAGUCUAUUCACACACCUGCCUCUCAAAUUAAGCUUUUAUAUCAUUUUGGGGAUGUAAAAACAUCUUUUCGUUGCAUACUUUUGUAGUACUAGCUAGGAAGCGUAAAGCAAAGAUUUUUUACAAAGAAUUAUUUUUGUAAACAAUAAAACCAUAAUUUGAUCAGAGUGGAUUUUUUUGUGAGGUUUUGUCAUGGUUACAGAUAGUAUGUAGUCAUUUCAGUCGAUAUUAAAAGCACGC